AGAAUUGAGAAUUGUCCGACUUGACAGCACGUAUUUCACUCCUUCCCUGACUGCAGCUGUCUACUCUCGUCUGCUUUCAAGGCGAGGCGUUUGGCAUCUCAAACGAGCCUAAUCUUUUGCGAGCGCUUCUCGUUGCUGUGCGACUUCAAAUUAACGCCGUGUAAUAAUCUCGCGAGAUUGACGAGAGUGGGUUCCGGUCUAGACACGACCCGUUUAAUGGUGUACACACGUGAAACACACGAAAGCUAGCAUUUUAGUUAAAAACGUUUUAAUCAUUUGAAAUGAGCGUUACGAGAGAUGCAAAAGGAGGAGAAUCGGACGAAGAUCGGAUUUUCCUCGAUCAAGUUUUAAACACGUUGUAUGAUUUUGGCGACGGUGCAAAAAACAGGAGAUUAAAGAAAUCACGCAAGAGGAAGAAGACUAAAGAGGACAACACUGAUAUUGAGAAAGAUACUGAAGAAAACGCACAUACUGUCAGUUAUGAGACUGACUCAGACCAACACAUGACAAAUGUGUCAAACUCUUCAGUAUGUGAAAACACAGUAUCUGGAACUAGGCAGUCCAGUGUGGAGGUUGUUACAUUUAUUGAUCCUCUGAAGAAGAAAAAGUUAUCACAGCCUGUUGAAGCAAGGCGGAAGGCCCCUGACAUCAAAGAAAAGAAGAAAAAAGAGCUGAAUGAGGAACUAACAAUAGAAAAGGCCCGGUUUGAGGUUCACAGGUUUGGACUGUCCGGGUAUCAGAAACAGCAGCAGAGGGUUUUUGAGCAGGACAGAGCCAUCAUGCUGGGAGCCAGACCCCCCAAAAAGGAGCAUGUUAAUUACAAAGUGUAUCAGCAAAUGUUAAAAGACAAAAAGAUGAAACAGAAAGAGGAAGCAAAAUCAGAAUCGCAGAAAAUUAGAAGGAAAGUGGGAAAAACAAGGAGUGAGAAAAGUAAAUCGUCCUUUGUCGGAGAGCUUGGAGGACAGGUUGGACGUUUCAAAAAUGGAAUGCUGAUCUUGAGCACCAGAGAUAUUAAGAAACUAAAAGUGAAAAAGUAACUAUUAAAGGUUGAUGACUUAUCUCAUUUGUCUUUUUUUGUUACAAUUUUCUACAUUGUCAUUUAGUGGAUGCUUUUAUCCAAAGUGACUUACAAAUGAGGAACAUAGCAAACAAUUUGUCAAACAAAGUUCAACAACAUCUGCAGUGUUGUACCACCAAGUUUUCAAGGUGGCUGGAGUAGUAUACAGUUGAAGUCAGAAGUUCACAUACACCUUAGCCAAAUACAUUUAAACUCAUUGUUUCACAAUUUCUGACAUUUAAUUGUAGAAAAUGUCCCUGUCUUAGGUCAGUUAGGAUCACUACAAUUUAAAAAAGUCAGAAUCAUAGUAGAGAGAAUUAUUUCAUCACAUUCCCAGUGCAUCAGAAGUUUACAUACACUUUGUUAGCAUUGCCUUUAAAUGGUUUACAGUUUUUGUUGAUCGCUUUGGUACUAUUAAAUCGCAGGUAUGUGGUAAAACCUCAUAACACUUGUAAUGCAGCCAGUCUUUCAUUCAAAACUUGCCAAUGUGCAUUCAUCUGGUUUGUAAAUAUCUCACCCCAACCUUGUAACAUAGGUAUACUCUAUAAUCAAAUGUACGCAGUUAAAUAAAACAAAUUAACUAAAUGAAAACAAAACGCACACAUUACAUUAAUUUGGAUCAAGCCUGUCUUGAGCAUUUGGCCAUAGUGUCUAGUCCACAUCAUUGUUCAUGCACCUUGUCAUCAUUGUUCAUGCACCUUGGGAAAAACCUUUUAGCAUGGUGAAUCCAUGCUUGACAUCGGUCUACGCUGAUGUCAUCACAUGCCUCAUCCAUGGCCUGAAGGAGGGUGGCACGCUCAAGGGGUUGGCGAUUAUAGACCUUCCACCUCUAUGCUGAAAACUACUCAAUAGGGUCGAGCACAGGAGAGUAUGGGGGCAGGUAGAGGGUCAUGAAUCGCGGAUGGGCCUGAAGCCAUGCUUGAACCACCUCUGCAUUUUGGAACCUGACAUUGUCCCACACAAUUACAUAGGUGACCCCUUCACUUUGACAGGCCGGCUCAAUUUCAUUGAGAAACUCAAUGAGAUGUGCAGCGUUGUUGGAGCCAAGUAAUGGCCUACGUCCUACCACAACAUCUUCAGAGAUAGCUGCGCACAUGGAGAUGUUUCCUCCACGUUGUCCGGGUACUUGGACAGUGGCCUGUUGGCCGAUGAGGUUCUGUCCACGGUGACGAGUUAAUUUGUUUUACUUGUGAUGGUUCACAUCAUCAUCAAGCACCAUCACCCUCUUAAAAAAAAAAAAAAAAAAAAUUAUAUUUCGGUUAGUUCUUUUUACAGUGUAGUUCUAGCAUACAUAUGAAGUAGGCCGUGCAUCAAAUAGUAACAGUAAUACAGUAUAUAGUGCUGUACCUGAACAUACUCAGCCCUCAAUGGUUUCACCCGGUCAUUGUUUCUCUCAAAAGGCACCAGGUAAAUGUGUUUCAUUGAUACCUGGUGCCUCUUCAAAAGGCGGGCUACUGUUGGUAGGCUGAUGGGUGCCACAUUGGCAAAGGUGUCAUUGUUCUCCUCAAUUGCCUGCUUUAUUUCUGACAGCCAUAUAUCAUUACUGGCCCUCACCAUUUCCACUACUGCCCACUCCUGCUGGUCGGUCAGCACAUGGCCAUGGCCACCACUAUGGGGUUUUGUCAAUUCUAAGCAUAGAACAGAGUAUACUGUCAAUAGAUCAUACUGUAAGAAUACUGAAACAUGUUUCAUGAAUUUACAUGCAUUAGUUUACUGUAAAUAUAAUGGUAAAGCAUAGUAUAUAUCCUCCAGACUUACCGGUUUUCUUGGCGAAAAGUUCGGAUGAUAGAAUUGACAGUUGAUCUUUUUAGAUUUGGAUCAACUAAUCUGGCAGCCUCUGCCAUCGUAAGGACUCGUUCACCACAUGAUCAACGAUGAUGGCCUGGAAUUCAUUAGAGACAACAGUUCUGCCUCCUCUCUGAUGACUAACCCUUCGAUGGGCCCCAUGCCCACCUCUCGGACGGAUCCCUUGUCACGAGCUCUUCCUAUUCCUUGCUGUCUAUCCUGCUCCAUGUUGAAAGAAAUUGCCAGUGUUUAUACCCCCCUUUUAUAUGGUGACAAGUUGUGGUUACCACUAUGUGAAAUCAAUUAGUAAUAACGAGUAUUCAUUAUAUGUGGUUACAUGUAAUUUAGAUGUUCAUACAAACAUACAUUUCAUUUGUGUAUUUCUCAAAAUCCAUAUACUGUAUAUAGCUGACAAACCAAUUUAAAAUCUAUAGAUUUACAAAAAAGUUCAGUGAUUAACCAUUAAGAAGAAGAGAAGCAUAUCAAAAGUAUUGUGAGCAUUGCAUUGUGAAAGACAAUUACUUCAUAUGAAAGGUAUUUCUUUGAUGACACUGAUUAGGUGUGGUGAAAAAGUUACUGUGUAAUUUUGUGUGCUGUACUUAGUCAAUUGAACAUGUGAUUACAUGUUUGAAAAAACAGCCUUUUUGAUGAUCUGCUAUGAGUUUUGUACUAACAGCUGUGAGGUUUUAACACAUACUUGAGAUAAUAGUACCAAAGCGAUCAACAAAAACUGUAACUUGGCUCAAACAUUUUGGGUAGCCUUCCACAAGCUUCUCACAAUAAGUUGCUGGAAUUUUGGCCCAUUCCUCCAGACAGAACUGGUGUAACUGUGUCAGGUUUGUAGGCCUCCUUGCUUGCACAUGCUUUUUCAGUUCUACCCACAUAUUUUCUAUCAGAUUGAGGUCAGGGCUUUGUGAUGGCCACUCCAAUACCUUGACUUUGUUGUCCUUAAGCCAUUUUGCCACGCUUGGGGUGAUUGUCCAUUUGGAAGACCCAUUUGUGACCGAGCUUUAACUUCCUGGCUGAUGUCUUGAGAUGUUGCUUCAAUAUAUCCACAUAAUUUUCCUUUUGUGAUGCCAUCUAUUUUGUGAAGGGAACCAGUCCCUCCUGCAGCAAAGCACCCCCACAACAUGAUGCUGCUACCCCCAUGCUUCACGGUUGGGAUGGUGGUAUUCGGUAGAAAGCCUCACCCUUUUUCCUCCAAACAAUAACGAUGGUCAUUAUGGCAAAACAUUUCUAAUUUUGUUUCAUUAGACCAGAGGAAAUUUCUCCAAAAAUAAGAUCUUUGAGAGAGAUUUAAACUUGGUAUUGAAGGAGGGAGUGUGGGCUAGGAUUCUAAAAAAGUCAAGUCUACAUCUAGAGAUUCAAGGGUGCGUCUGAUGCAAUUUAAGAUUUUGCAUCUAUUAUAUUGGACACCCUCUAGGUUGUAUGGACUUGGUCUUAAAGACACACCCACCUGCUGGCGAUGCCAAUCAGAAGACGGUGACGCAACCCAUGUUUUUUGGGUAUGUGUUAAGAUACAAGAAUAUUGGUUGAAGAUUCAGAGAUUUAUGUGUGAUGAUUUGGACACACAAUUUUCAUUUUGCCCCAGAUUCUGCGUUUUGGGUGAUGGGGUGGUCAUUAAUUUUGGGGAUAGCCACUUUAAAGGUUGGGUCCUGGCCGGAGUUAUGGUUGCCAGGUGAAUCAUUCUUAGGGGGUAGAAAACGGCGGGGGCACCCUCGUUUGGGGAGUGGUACGGGGAGAUGGGUGGGGUGGCAGCAUUUGAGGAGGCAAUUUAUAGAAGGUUUGGAAAAUGGGAUUUGUUUAAUAGGAAGUGGGGUGGAUAUUUAGCUUUUUUGGAGGGUUCUCGGGGAGGGGCAGUGGAGAGGGAUUUUAAAUUUUUAGUUUGAUGUGUAUGUGCACUCUGUUUUUUGAAAGUAUAUAUUUUUUUUUUUAUAUGUUAUAAUUGUAAGUGACCACUGUAGUGCGUGUUUGUGUUGGGUGGGAUGUUUGGCGGGAGGGGUUUAAUUUAUAUAACUGAUUCUGUAUUUUAUGUUGUGUUUAUCUGUUUUGUGGAUGGAAUCAAUAAAAAAUGUUAAUAA